AUGUCAACAGCAGCAGUAAUUGAAUGUAUACGUUUUAUUGCAUGUAUAAAAUGGCUUUGGCAACAUGCAAUGAAUGAGAUAGAUAAUUUCAAUAUGCAAAAAUUAUUUGGGUAUUUAUUUUUGAUUCUUUUUGCAUUAUUUUUUCUAUCUUUUAAUCAUGUUCAAUGUCAAAGUGCAUUAUCACAAAGAAUAAAUCGUCUGAAAAGUUCGAUAACAUAUAUUGAUUAUAUAAAUAUGUGCAUAUUUCGAAAAACUCGUUUAUGCAAUUUUCUACGUGAAAUGAAUAAUGCUAAAUUUGAUGAAACAAAACAAGAUCGAGAAUUAUGGAAACGUGGUAUUAGUCAGUUCUACAGUAAUUGGUAG